AUGCUGCUGCGCCUGCUGCUGGCCUGGGCGGCCGCGGUGCCCACGCUGGGCCAGGCCCCCUGGGCCACCGAGCCCCGUGCCGCCUGCGGCCCCAACAGCUGCUAUGCCCUCUUCCCGCGGCGCCGCACCUUCCUGGAGGCCUGGCGGGCCUGCCGCGAGCUUGGGGGCGACCUGGCCACUCCACGGACCCCCGAGGAAGCCCAGCGCGUGGACAGCCUGGUGGGCGCGGGCCCGGCCAGCCAGCUGCUGUGGAUCGGGCUGCAGCGGCAGGCCCGCCAAUGCCAGCCGCAGCGCCCGCUGCGCGGCUUCACGUGGACCACGGGGGACCAGGACACGGCCUUCACCAACUGGGCCCAGCCGGCCACCGGGGCGCCCUGCCCGGCCCAGCGCUGUGCGGCCCUUGAGGCGAGUGGCGAGCAUCGCUGGCUUGAGGGCUCCUGCACGCUGGCCGUCGAUGGCUACCUGUGCCAGUUCGGCUUCGAGGGCUCCUGCCCAGCGUUGCCGGAUGAGGCGGGCCAGGCCGGCCCAGCUGUCUACACCACGCCCUUCCACCUGGUCUCCACCGAGUUUGAAUGGCUGCCCUACGGCUCUGUGGCUGCUGUGCCGUGCCAGGCCGGCAGAGAAGCCUCUCUGCUCUGUGUGAAACGGCCUGACGGCGGUGUGGGCUGGUCGCGGGCUGGGCCCUUGUGCCCAGGUACCGGCUGCGGCCCGGACAACGGGGGCUGUGAACACGAGUGCGUGGAGGAGGUGGAUGGUCGUGUGUCCUGUCGCUGCUCCGAAGGCUUCCGGCUGGCAGCAGACGGGCAUAGCUGCGAGGACCCCUGUGCCCACGCCCCGUGUGAGCAGCAAUGUGAGCCUGGCGGGCCACAGGGCUACAGCUGCCACUGUCGCCUGGGUUUCCGGCCAGCCGAGGAUGAGUCGCAUCGCUGCGUGGACACAGAUGAGUGCCAGAUCGCCGGCGUGUGCCAGCAGAUGUGCGUUAACUACAUUGGUGGCUUCGAGUGCUACUGCAGUGAGGGCCACGAGCUCGAGGCCGAUGGCAUCAGCUGCAGCCCCGCUGGGGCCAUGGGUGCUCGGGCUUCCCAGGACCUUGGGGACAAGUUGCUGGAUAUGGAGGAGGAUGAAGAGGACGAAGAUGAGGCCUGGGAGGCCUUCAAUGGUGGCUGGACAGAGAUGCCUGGGAUCCCGUGGAUGGAGGCCACGCAGCUGCCCGACUUUGGCCUGGCCUAUAGACCCGGCUUCCCAGAGGAUGGAGAGCAGCCGAUGCCAUACCUGGACCCCACCUGGCCACCCCCACUUAGUGCCCCGAGGGUCCCCUACCACUCCUCAGUGCUCUCUGUCAUCCAGCCGGUGGUGGUCUCUGCCACACGCCCCACAUUGCCCUCUGCCCACCAACCCCCUAUUAUCUCUGCCACACGCCCACCCCUGGCCCCUGCCCCUCAGCCCCCCAUGAUCCCUGCCAUGCACCCAGCUCUGCCGCUUGACCACCAGUUCCCCAUGAUCUCAGCCAACUAUCCGGAUCUGCCCUCUGCCCACCAACCCCCCAUUAUCUCUGCCACUCAUCCAGCACAGGCCCCUGCCCACCAGCUCCCAAUUAGCUCAGCCAGAUAUCCUGAUCUGUCGCCUGCCCACCAGUCUCCCAUGCUUCCAGUCACCCAAGUCGCUGAUACCCAGACCACCACUCAUUUGCCUCCAAUCCCAGCUAACCACAGCCCUCUGGUCACCACCUCCAGUGCCCAUCAACCCCCUGCGACCCCAGAUGUCCCAGUCCUCAAAGCCCAGGCCACCCACCUUCCCAUUACCUCGACUGUCCAGCCCCCUCUGACUACUACUUCCAGGUCCCCUGUGCCCCCUGCCCAUCGAGUCCCUGUGCCUGCUGCCACCCAGCCCCCAGCCCUCCACAUUCCCCUGCCCUCUCAGAGCCCCACUAACCAUACUUCCCUCACCAGCCCUACACGCCCCCGUUCCAAAGCCCCACAAGUCCCAAAGGAAGGUGCCUCAGACCUCAAGCCGGCCUCAUGGCUGCCCUCGGUGGCCCCCACAGCAGCCCCAACAGCCCUGGGAGAGGCCAGUCCGGCAGGCCACAGCCGGAGGGAUGACCGGUGGCUGCUGGUGGCACUCCUAGUGCCAACAUGCGUCUUCUUGGUGGUCCUACUUGCACUGGGCAUCGUGUACUGCACCCGCUGUGGCCCCCACGCGCCCAACAAGCGCAUUACAGACUGCUACCGCUGGGUCACCCAUGCUGGGAGCAAGGGCCCGAUGGAACCCAUGCCCCACCGGGGCAGCCUCACAGGGGUGCAGACCUGCAGAACCAGCGUGUGAUGGGGCGCAGGCCCCCCUCUGCGGGGUGGGGGGAAGGGGCAUGCAUUGGACACAUGGCUCAGGCUGCACCAGGGACCCACGGGGGCUGCCCAGCUGGACAGAGGGCUUCCUGCUCCCCCGGGCCCAGCAAGGCUCCUCUCUCAGUCAGCCACUAGACUCGACUCUCGGGAACUCUGCUCCCCGCCCCAGCACUCACAACGGAGGAGAUGCUGAGGCCCCCAGGACCUCAAGGGGCGGGUGCUGGGGUCUUCUCCAAUAAACGGGGUGCCAACCUCACCCAAAGCUCC